UUGGCAACCUCAGUUUUUUCGAAGAGCUCGAUAGUCUUUCCCAGGAACUCUGCACUACCAUUGAUCACUGUAAUUUUGCCGCCCUGAGCUUUUCCGAAUCAGCUUCUCUCAAUUUUUUAAAGCUAGCUGCUCCUGCUAUGCGUUCGUGUUCUUGUCUAGUAGCUCACUUUACCCGAGUUCACAUCAACCUUAGGCGUCGUUGGGCCAUUCGUCGGAUUGAAGCUUGUCUCGCGGACUCCAAUCUGCAGCUUUACGCUGACUACCAGGCUAGAUUGAAAAUUCUUGAACAGCUAAAGUUUCUUGACAGUUCAGUCGGAGAUUAUUGCCUUACUUUGAAAGGUAUUAUUAAUUUAUCACUGCUUUUAUACCAAUAUUAUGGACUGCUUGAAGGUCAUAUUAUUCUAGCCUACAUUUUGAUAAAUUUAUGA